CAACCACCAAGUCGUAAAUAGUAAUUAUGAAACUCUGAAGAGCCACAUCAAAUGCGAUGGUGUCCCUCAAUAAUACGGAUGUGCCUGAAAACGAUGACGUGAUCGUUCGCGAGGCGUUACGGAGCGCGCUGCAUCCGGUUCACAUCUCUCCCACCGUGGCACGUGACCUGAACGCUACAUAAACAACGGGAGUCCGUCGCGUCUCUGUUGGAGGAGCGAGAAGUUGUUGUUUUAUUUUAUCCUCGUGGACGUUUCACGAGCUUCAAAGUAACUCCGGAGGGUUUUCCCGGGUCUCAGUCUCCGGGAUGAUCCGAGGAGGACUCGCCGAUGUGGCUGGCUGCUCUCAUGGAGCUAACACACGGAUGCUCUGAGGCUUGAGUCGGGAUGUUUUCAACCAACAUGGAAACCAAACGAGUGGAGAUCCCCACCGGCUUGCUGGACGACCUGUGCAGCCGGUUCAUCCUGCACAUCCCCAGUGAGGAGAGGGACAACGCCAUCCGGGUGUGCUUCCAGAUCGAGCUGGCCCACUGGUUCUACCUGGACUUCUGCAUGCAGAACACGCCGGGAGCUCCGCACUGCGGCAUCAGAGACUUCGCCAAGGCGGUGUUCCACCACUGUCCGUUCCUGCUGCCUCACGGGGAAGAUGUCCAGAAGAUCCUGGAGCAGUGGAAGGAGUACAAGAUGGGCGUCCCCACCUUCGGAGCAAUCAUGCUGGACGAAGCUCUGGAAAACGCGCUGCUGGUUCAGGGGUACCUCGCCAAGUCGGGAUGGGGCUUCCCGAAGGGCAAAGUGAACGAGGACGAGGCGCCUCACGACUGCGCCGUGCGGGAGGUGCUGGAGGAGACGGGCUUCGACAUCAAGGACCGCAUCAGUAAGGACCGCUACCUGGAGCAGAAGAUCACGGACCAGCUGGUGCGGCUCUACAUCAUCCCGGGCGUGUCCAAGGACACCAAGUUCAACCCCAAGACCCGCAAGGAGAUCCGGAACAUCGAGUGGUUCCCCAUUGAGAAGCUGCCGUGUCACCGGAACGACAUGACCCCCAAGUCCAAACUGGGACUGGCCCCCAACAGGUUCUUCAUGGCCAUCCCCUUCAUCAGGCCGCUCCGUGAGUGGAUCAACCGGCUGAAAGGAGAAUCCACAGACAGCGACGAGGACUUCACGACCAGCGGCAGCACCCCGGGGCGACCUUCAGACGGCACCCGGUCGAAGUCGCGCCGCCUCACGGGCCCCGAGGCGUUUCCAGGAGACGGCUCUGCCAAACACAAGCAGCAGAAGACGCUGGAGCAGCUGAGCCCGUACGAGCUCCACCAGAACCCAAAUGUUAAAAGCAACGGGAAGAAAUGUCCCGACUCGUCCCACGGAGCCAACAACCAGCCGGGGAAACCCUCGUUGAAAGAAGACAAUAAAAGACUUCAACCCCGAAGACUGCAAGACAGCUUUGAGAGAGACACGGCUCCUCCGCGCGGCUCCAGCGGCCUGCAGGCGGCGCGCGGCAGAGACCUCGAGGACCUGGCGUCCGCCAAGGCCUUCCUCAACUUCAAGUUCGACAGAGACGCCGUCAUGAAGUGCUUCGACUACUGAGGAGCUGACCUCGGCCUCCAGAGACCUUUGACCUUGUGGACGAGGACGUUACUGAACGUCUCCUGCUUGUGGCUCACUGAACGCCUCCAGCCAGCUCCACGGGAGGUGUUCAGCCUGUAUAGAAGGUGUGGUAACCAACGGUAACCAACAGGCCAUCUUCCAUCCGUCCGAGGCAGAAUCCUAAAGUCUAAACUCAAUCUGCAGGAGACGACGCGUACACCGAUCAUCGUUUGAGGACGAGAGAGAGUAAAGAUUUUGAUAACAAUGGAUUUUAAGCAUAUAUGAAACAAUUAGUUGUGGUACCUCCAGUGAUUCAAUGUUACAUUUAGUAUAUGUACUGAUUUUAAGAUGUAAUAACUUUAAGUGUUGUUCAUUUCCUCCAUUAUUCCCAUCGAGUCCUAAAAAACCCGUUUUGAAAACUUAAAAAAGGUGGGAGUUGAUAGUAUUAUCGGCUUUAUGUAUUUACAGUGUUGUCGGCUUUAUUACCAUCAUUCAGAUUUUAUCCAGGACUGUAGAUCGUAAUGAUGGAGAAGAAGCUCUUUGCAAGUUGAAUGUCAUUAAAUUCAUGUUGUUCUGCUGUAUUUAUUCUACGGCUGCCAAUAUUAGGGUGAAAUCAUCAGAUGUUUGAAAAUCAAUCAAGGCCAGAAAAAUCACAGAUGAUGACAUCAUUAAAUCAAACUUUGACUUUAAAUUAUGUCCUGAUGUAAACUUGUCACUCAUGAAGAUGAACAUUUCCAUAAUGAGAUGAUUUGUGCCUCUAUUAUAAGAAUUACUUUUUAUGAAAAUGGGAGAUUUUCCCCAUUCAUCUUUCUUAUUCUGGCAACGCAGUGCUCAGAUUCACAGCGAAACAUUUUAAGUUGCCUUUCGGGAGUAAUUGUGCAUUUUUAAAAUUGGAUUUUAACAUUUAAUUUUUCCAUUUUUAAAAGGAAAAUGACUUCAAUUUGAUGAAAUAGUUUAAUUUAAAAGUUUCACGCGACACACUUCCAGACUUUAACAGGAUUAAAUUCCUGUUUUCUUGGACCAGGAUCCUUCAUAGUCCUCUUAGCUUCUGUAAUGUUGGUAUGAAAGUGGGCACACUCGAUAAGGAUCGAUGCUUUACUGUGAACAGGUAAUCUCCACCGAUGACCACAUCAAGGGACUUGCAGCCUGGAGGUGAACAUAAGACUAAGAAGUGUUUAAAGUUUGACCCACAGUCUUACAGCGUUUAGUUUCUCACGUUAAUAUCAUAAAUAUUGAGAUGAUCUCAAGUUGUCCAUUGGCAUUAAUGGUGUUUUGACCUAAAAUGUGAACAUUAAUAAAGUUUGUUUUUGACACUU